AUGAUGAUGUGGCAACGAUGUGCAAGGGGUGCGCCACGCUCAUGGACAUCACUCUCAUUCAGUAAAGCAAGCGUUAGGUCAAUCGUAAAGCCAGUACCGCGCCCACGUGUGCAGGUCCAUCGGCACUUGCAGGCUUUCUCCGGUCUGGCAACCAGCAACACAGUGUAUCGUGCCGCCUCCAUUCGUUCCUUGCAUGCCUCGGUAAUGAGGUCCAAUGAGAACAAAACAUCCAAGGACGGCAGAGAGAAGGAGAACAUUGAUAAUGAUAAUGAUAAUGAUAAUAAUAAUAAUAACAAGAAGGAAGACGACAAGGGGAAAAAGAGCGAGUUUAGCUCGCCAUCCGAGUACUUCAAGUCCAGGGAAUUUGCAAACACAAUGUUUUUAACCGUCGGGUUCACAAUAAUAUUCAGUUUACUGACGCCUUCAAAUGAUUCCGGAAACGAUUCUAAUCACGUUUUGACCUUCCAGGAUUUCAAAACAAAAUACUUGGAAAAGGGCCUUGUGUCCAAGAUUCAUGUCGUCAAUAAAUUCCUCGUAGAGGCAGAAUUGGUCAACACAAAGCAGGUCGUCUCAUUCACCAUCGGCUCCGUGGAUGUUUUUGAAGAGCAAAUGGACCAGAUCCAGGACAGUUUGAAUAUCUCAUCUCGAGACCGCAUCCCAAUUAAAUACAUUGAGAGGUCCUCUCCUUUCACCUUUCUCUUCCCCUUCCUACCCACCAUCAUCUUGCUUGGCGGUCUAUAUUUCAUAACAAGGAAAAUAAAUAGUUCGCCUCCCAACGCUAGCGGUGGAGGCCUUGGCGGUAUGUUCAAUGUAGGCAAAUCGAAAGCAAAGCUGUUCAAUAAGGAAACAGACAUUAAGAUUUCUUUCAAGAAUGUCGCGGGCUGUGACGAAGCCAAACAAGAAAUUAUGGAGUUUGUUCAUUUUUUGAAAAAUCCGGCCAAGUAUACUAAGCUGGGCGCCAAGAUUCCUCGAGGCGCUAUUCUUUCCGGACCGCCAGGUACCGGUAAGACUCUUUUGGCUAAGGCCACUGCAGGUGAGGCAAACGUGCCGUUCUUAUCCGUGUCAGGUUCCGAGUUUGUCGAGAUGUUUGUCGGGGUGGGUGCUUCUCGUGUAAGGGACCUGUUCACUCAAGCAAGAUCCAUGGCUCCCUCUAUCAUUUUUAUAGAUGAAAUUGACGCUAUCGGUAAAGAAAGAGGCAAGGGUGGCGCUCUUGGUGGAGCGAACGAUGAAAGAGAGGCUACAUUAAACCAGCUGUUAGUGGAAAUGGACGGUUUCACUACUUCUGACCAAGUUGUCGUCCUUGCGGGUACUAAUAGACCCGACGUACUGGAUAACGCCCUAAUGAGACCGGGAAGAUUUGACAGACAUAUUCAAAUUGAUUCGCCCGAUGUGAAUGGUAGACAACAAAUCUAUCUGGUUCAUCUGAAAAGGCUCAAUCUAGAUCCCCUUCUCACAGAUGACAUGGGUAAUCUUUCUGGGAAACUGGCCACAUUGACUCCGGGUUUCACCGGUGCAGAUAUCGCCAAUGCUUGUAAUGAGGCUGCUUUGAUUGCUGCCAGACACAAUGACCCGUACAUCACAAUACACCAUUUUGAACAGGCCAUUGAGAGAGUCAUUGCUGGGCUGGAGAAGAAGACAAGAGUUCUCUCCAAGGAGGAAAAGAAGUCUGUGGCUUACCAUGAAGCCGGCCAUGCGGUCUGCGGUUGGUUUUUGAAAUACGCCGAUCCACUUUUGAAAGUGAGCAUUAUCCCACGUGGUCAAGGCGCUCUUGGCUAUGCUCAAUACUUGCCACCAGACCAAUAUUUGAUAUCCAAGGAACAAUUCAGACAUAGAAUGAUCAUGGCUCUUGGUGGCCGUGUCUCUGAAGAACUACAUUUCCCCUCAGUGACAAGCGGUGCUCAUGACGAUUUCAAAAAAGUAACUCAGAUGGCAAACGCAAUGGUCACAUCUCUAGGGAUGUCGCCCAAGAUUGGCUACCUAUCAUUCGAUCAAAAUGACGGAAAUUUCAAGGUUAACAAACCAUUCAGUAAUAAGACGGCAAGAACUAUUGACUUGGAAGUUAAAUCCAUAGUGGAUGAUGCUCACCGAGAUUGUACAGAAUUGCUAGCCAAAAAUUUAGACAAAGUCGAUCUUGUCGCCAAAGAACUGCUGCGUAAGGAGGCUAUCACCAGAGAGGAUAUGAUUAGAUUAUUAGGACCGAGACCGUUCAAAGAAAGGAACGAGGCUUUUGAAAAAUACUUAGAUCCAAAGAAUACUGAACCGCCCGCUGCACCUGCGACAACCAACUAA